AUGGUACCUGGAAAGUGUGCCACACAAAUUAAUAAAUCGACGCCAGAAGAUGAUUACGUUUCUUUCAUGGUCUAUUUGCGAACUAAUAGUGUCUGGGAAACAGUGAGUGAUGUGUUCAGGAUGUUAAACGAAACUAGGCCCGAAGAUCCGAUCGAGUUCUUCAAGGCGAAUGUAAAGAUCGAUAACUGCGACAACAGAGCCAUUGAAGAAACGCGUCGGGAAAUCACAGAGGCCGAAGAAAAGUUAAAGAUUCUAAGAUAUGAUAAACUUGUGUUGACGGCUAAUUUGAAUUUACUCGACAAGACAAUUCAUGUGAAUCGAAAACCGAAUUUGGGUGUUCGGAGCACCGUUGACGAGCACGACAACGAAACGAUUUCCGAAACGUUCUCUUAUUCCGAGCACGUAUUAUAG